UAGACGCAUGGUAAACAAUUCGCAGCAACGUUAUUUAAUAAAUAUAAAUAACAAUCUUGAAAUGAAAGUUAGUAAUUAAAAAAUGGCUGUAAACACGCUGGAUCAGGAUGAGAAAGAGCCUUGUGAGUUAAAAGUUAAACUAAAAGUUGGUGCCAGCAUUAUUAACUCAAAAUCCUUGUUUACUCACGAUUCAGCAUCUGUAAUUGUAUCUAAUGGUUGUGAUAUUAAGAUUUUCAAUAUUUUGAGUGGAGAAUGUGUUCAUACAGUGACCCAUCACAGGUCGCAGGUGAUUGCCAUUAGACAGAAUAAGAAUAAUCCUUUGCAGAUCCUGAGUUGCUCCAGUGAUGGCAUCAUCGUCAGAUGGGAUCUUGGUGAUGGAAAAGCUUUACAAGUUUUGAACUGUUGCAUGCCUAUAAGUGCUUUUUUUGCACCUUCUGCCAAAGGACCGUGGUUUGUUACAAAAAAGUUUGAAGAUCACUUCCGACUUUAUUCCAUUGAUGGGAAGGGAAGGAAAGCUACAAAUGUUCAGAUGGUAAUGAAGCCUGUUCUUCCAGCAGAAAAUACUGUAGCAUUUAGCUUUGAGGGCAAGUAUGUUGCUUCUGUGCUUGAAAAGAUAUUGAAGAUACAUGAAGUAGAAACUAAACACUCUGUCAGGCACUUUAUUGGACAGCACCGAUUGACCUGUGUAGCUUUCCAUCCCUCUGAACUGGUUCUGGCAACUGGUGACAGCUCUGGAAGGGCAUUAGUAUGGUCCGAUAUAUUAAAUUCCAAAAACCCCAUCAAAUCCAUCUUUCACUGGCACACUCUUCCUUUGGCUGAUCUUGUGUUUUCCACAGAAGGCUCAUACCUCUACAGUGGCGGAGGAGAGGCAGCCUUGGUUAAAUGGAAUCUUUUCUCCAACGAGCGAUUUGUCAUUCCUCGCCUUGGUGCACCUAUCUGUGCACUCGCCAUUUCCCCGAGUAAUAGUUACGUCCUCACUGCACAUGAAGACAACGGCUUGCAAGUGAUAGACUCUCGCCGUACAGUCGUACAGUCCAUCCAGGGAUUGACCAGGUGUUAUUUCCGAGGCUCCAGUGUGAAGAAAACUGUGCCCACUGGUAUGCUUUAUGAUCCUGGUACUGGAGCACUGGUGAUGAAUGGCAAGCCAGGUCACCUUCAGUUUUAUGAUGUUAACUUGGAUAAGCAAUUGUUCAAUCUGGACAUCACCAGCAGAAAUUACGUCAGUAGAGAACGUGAUGCUGAAGUGUUCAAUGUUGAUGUGCAAUGUGCUGCAUUCGAUAGUCAUGGCUCAUGGCUAGCUACUGCAGAAUUCUGGCAUGAUGGUCAAACCAGUCCUCAAAUUUGGCUGAAGUUCUGGAAGUUUGAUACUACUAAAAACAACUUUGUCCUUAAUACAAAUGUAAUCCUUCCUCAUGAGAAAGACAUCAAUUGCAUUGUUUUUCGCCCUCUAACAACAGAAUCUCCCAUGGCAGUCACUUGCAGCAAUGAUUGCAAACUAAAGGUCUGGAGUCUCAAAUCACUUGACAAUGACAAAGAAAGUUGGACAUGUGAGGCAAUGGGAUGCUAUCGGGAUCUUCCGGUGGGAGACGCUUGUUUCUCGGAAGAAGGCUCUGUGAUGGCUGUAGCCUUCAGCGGCGUUGCCACACUCUGGACUGUGGACAAGAUUUCUCUCAAAGAAGUUCUCUAUAGUGACAAGUCAGAAGGAGACAUCAAACAGCUUACAUUUGGAAGGGGCACCUGCUCUCAUUACCUCAUUUGCCAUGAUGGUGCAUCAAUAGUAGUGUGGAAUGUCCUAAAUCUGACAAUUUCCUGGCUGGUGCAUUCCGAAAUUCAAACCUUCACUCUUGACCCCAUCUCUGGUCUCAUUGCUGCUUUCACGCAAGAUCAAAACUUGAUCAUCUUCAAGCCAAACAGUCCUCAUCCAGUAUUUUCUCUAGAAAAGGUAUCAGAAAAACCGAUCAUGUCUGCACUUUUCAUACCCAUUCCAGAUUCCAUUAAUGAAGAAAUGUCUUGUUUCCACAGCAAAUCUCAAUUGUUCUUCCUUGAUCAAGAUCAGAAUCUCUUCACGCUGACAGAUGAUCCCGAGGUUGAACUUGAAUGGAAACAUAAAACUGAUAAAAAGAUCGUUGUUAGUAGGAAUAUUCCUUUGACACCAUUUGGAAUGUUGAAAGCAGAACACUCAGUCACCGAUGUCACUAUGACGGAACCAAUUGAGCUGGAUGUAAAUUUAAACAAUAAUAAGGAUAUGUUUGAAAUUUCAUGUCCAACAUUAAUGGACCCUCUUGCUCUGUGCUCAUCCAUAUUGCCUACUCUGCUAAUUUCUGCAAAAAAGACUCCAAAGAUUCCAGAGCCAACAACAGAUGGAAAAUCAGAGUAUUAUGAUUCAGAAGAGAAACAAAGUAAAAGCGAAGAUGUGGGUUAUCUUUCAUCAAAUGGAAAUUUUUUCACGGACUUUAGUUUUUUAAGAGAAGUUUUUAGCUCAAAGUGAAAAUAAUAUGUAAAUAAUAAAACAAAUUAUUAAUGGAA